AUGGCUGUUUUGGAAUCAGUUCAUCCUUGGGCCCUAGACAAUAAUAGCCUCAAAAAUGCAGCAGCGAAUGUGUUGAGAGAAACUUGGCUCAUCUACAAGCAUACGAGACUGGCGAAACGAGUAAACCCUGGUCGAGUUCGAACGCAUCAGAGGAAAUUCCUAUUGGCAAUCUAUGCAUUAAGAAAAGUAAAAAUGGAUCAAAGAAAACUUAUGGACAAUGCAAAUACUAUAACAGAUAUGGCAAAGACACAACAUAACGUUUAUGAAAUCGUAUCUGAAAUGUCAAGCAGACAAAAAGCUGUGGAAGAGCGGUUAACGAACCUCGAAGAUAAGAUCCAAACACUUCAGGUAAAAAGUGUUGUGAAAUUCGUUGAGUUUCGAAAGUAAAAUUAUUCAUUAAAGACAGCUGU